AUGUGUGGUAUUUUUGCUGUAUGUCAUCAUGGAUGUACGGAACGAUUUGAUGUCAUGAAAGCUAGAGAGUUGUCCAAGCGACAAACUCAUCGAGGGCCAGAUUUUAGUGGGUACUAUUGUGAGAAAUCCACUGGUGACAUACUCUGCCAUGAACGACUUGCAAUCAUGGAUCUCGGAGUCGUUCAACCCAUUCAAGGAACGCUACCCACUCACCAGGUAAUUCAUAAUGGAGAGAUUUACAACCAUGUCAAGCUGAGAGAAAACGAACUUAAAGGCAUGUCACUGCGCACCCAUUGCGACUCUGAGGUGAUCAUCUUUCUGUAUGAGAAAAUUCGUGAUGGUUCAAUGUGUAACAUGCUGGACGGAGUGUUCGCUUUUGCCCUUUGUUUCGAUGGUGUUUUCUUGGCGGCCAGGGAUCCAAUUGGUGUGAAACAAAUGUACUACGGUAUCGAUAAACUGGGUCGAUACUUCUUC